UUGCCGCCUGAUUUUCAGAUCAGAUCCAGCUCAAAUUUUCACAACAAGAAACUAAUUGGUGGCCCAAACAGUAACAAGAAGAUACUGGGAAGCAAGAGGCCUUUCCCCGUUACAGAUUCGACUUUUGGGGCCCAAGAUUUCAAGAGAGCGCAACACCCAGAUAACUCGCAAUUGAUGAAGAAGUGCGUCCAGAUCCUGUCCAAAUUGAUGAAACACAAGUUCGGGCACAUAUUCAAUGCUCCUGUGGACGUUGUUGGAAUGCAGCUUCAUGAUUACCACGACAUAAUCAAAGUGCCCAUGGAUUUGGGUACGGUGAAAAAGAAAUUGGCGAGAAACCUCUAUGAUUCGCCGCAGGAUUUUGCUGCCGAUGUGAGACUGACCUUCAACAACGCGAUGAGGUACAAUCCUAAGGGUCACGAUGUAUAUAUUUUUGCUGAUGAGUUACUUGCCAAAUUUGAAGACUCGUACCGGCCCAUCAAGGAUUCGCUUGUUGACGAGAUCCAGAAAGAUGAAGAGCACGUGCUAGAAGUACAAGCGAGCUCUUGGGAUCACAACCACGGGGAUUGGUGGAGACUGAAAGGGCAUCCAAAGAACCAAGGGAUGUUAUGCAAGACCCCAUCACCAAGAAGGGUUCCACCAAUGAAGCCUGUUAAGCUUCCGAAGCCCAAGGCAAAGGAUCCUAAUAAGAGGGAGAUGAACCUAGAAGAGAAGCAUAAAUUGGGUGUAGGGUUGCAGAAUUUGCCUCCGGAGAAGAUGGAGCAGGAAUUGCCCGUCAAUGAGAGAAUGGGCAUUGAAUAUGAGGCAAAGAAGCCAAAGAAAGGUGAUGCUGUCGAAGAAGACGUGGACAUAGGUGAUGAAAUGCCAAUGAGCAGCUUUCCGCCUGUGGAGAUAGGGAAGGACAAUGGCCAUGCCAGUAGUAGUUCUAGCAGCUCCAGUAGUUCCAGCGAUGAUUCUUCCUCCUCCAGUGAUUCCGACUCAGGGAGCUCUUCUGGGAGUUAUUCGGAGGAUGGUAACUCAUAGUACUAUAUCCAUAGCGUGAUCAGAACCAUUGUGGAUGAGAUUCUGGCAUUACAGGUUCGAGGCGGGGCGGGGUAGAGGAUUCUGGAGGUGUUUUGCACAAGAAUGGAUGAAAAGAUGCGGUAUGAUAACUGGGUCAGUCUGUUCUGGUGGUGGAUUGAUUGCAUUUGAGAUGGUAUGGUGUGGUAAUUUGAUAGAAUCUAUUAUGUGACAUGUUUGUUGGAUUGGUGGACGAACUAAUGGAAGCUGGGCAGUGUUGGAGUAAAAGGAAACAAGGUGAAUUCUUUCUGAGGUUUGUUUGUACAAGAAAAGCGGAUGAGCUAGUGUAUAAAGGGAGGAGCCAGCCAGCAGUGGUCAGCUGGUUUAAGUUAGUGUAGGAAGGGUAGUUAGAAGAUCUUUUUUUUAUUUUGAAUAUUUUGGCGUCUCUUUGGAGGAGUAGUAGGGGAGUAGUAGUGGUGGUGAUGACUGAUGAGUGAGGCGAAUGAUAGGUUUGGUUAGAGAUGUGUGGGUGGGUGUUCGGAAAGAGAGAUGGAGGACUUGGGUUAUUCGGAAUAACAUUUUGUAUACAUAACUACAAGUCUACAACACUUGCAUACAAAUUGACCCACCGUGGUGGCUUGGCAACAGAGUUUGUUGAUGUGUCCAUGUUUUUUUAUUUUGGCGCAGGGAUAGCCGUUUAUAUUUUGUGUCUGUUGGUAGGGUAAGAGUUGGGAGGAGGAGCUGCUUUUUUGCGAGGUGGUUAUGUCUGUUUGAGAGAUGAAGAAGAAGAGUGUUAGGAAAGGGAACAUCAAAUAUGAUAUCUGCAUGUGAAGUUGAUUUCUCUGUCUCAACCCAAAAGUUGGAGGAAGCAGAAACAAGCCCCUGACAGGACAGGUUCAUCCUUGUUGACAUAGAUAGUAGUGAACUAAUGAUGCGAAUAUGUUUGCCUUGUAGUAAUAAUGGUUUUGCAGAGAUGUAUGGGGUUUGGAAGGUCUGUAACAAGAACCGGUCAGGUGAAAGAGGAGUCACUAGCAGUGUUAUAGGUAGCUUUGGAUUUUAGGUUGGACGGAAUCGAGAAUAUGACAAGAGAGGAGAGUUCCUGGUUCGCAUCUCUCUCGUCUCAUCUAUUCUUGCCACCUGCGGCCUGCAGGCGCUCUCUGUUCCCUUUUUCCUUUGGCAGGCCAGCACUGUGCCAAACCAGAAGAUGUACCGUAUCAUAUCAUAUCUGAAAAGUGAAUCCAAGCA